AGGGGGUGUUCUGCAGGGUCACGCACACACGGGAGCUGACACCAGACAACUCGGCAGACCGGCGCAACUUUUUUUUUCCGCGAGCAAGCAGACACACGUAUAUUUAAUUUUUUUAAUUUUUUAUAAUUUAUUUUUUUGUACUACUUUUUUUGAUUUAAACCGUGGUCCGCUGCAAAGAUGACCGCAGCCGUGGUGUCGCCUUUCUUCGACUUCGAAGUAAUGAACAAGAACAACAAGCUGCUCGGCUACAACAACAACAACCUGGGCGCCCCCCAUCCCAUGUCUGUCUCAUGCACUGGCACCAACGUGCCCAUCUCCAGCCCCGCCGGAGCCCUGCUGGACAGGAAGGCGGUGGGGUGUCCCUCGGUGGGGGGCGUGUACCAGCGGCGGCACUCCGUCAGCAGCACCAAGUUCAGCCAGAACCAGUUCCUGAACAGCCUGAAGGCGGCGGACCACUGCUCGCUCAUCUCGGGGAUCGGCAGCAACAACAACAACAACAACGGCGGCGGCGGCAACAAGGAGAACCGCAUGCGGGACCGCUCCUUCUCCGAGACGGGCGAGCGGCCCCUCAACAAGUGCCUGGGCCCCGCCAGCCCCACCGGCAGCCAGGUGAACUCCAGCCGCUACAAGACGGAGCUGUGCCGGCCCUUCGAGGAGAACGGCUCGUGCAAGUACGGCGACAAGUGCCAGUUCGCCCACGGCAUCCACGAACUGCGCAGCCUGAGCCGCCACCCCAAGUACAAGACGGAGCUGUGCCGCACCUUCCACACCAUCGGCUUCUGCCCGUACGGGCCGCGCUGCCACUUCAUCCACAACGCCGAGGAGCGCCGCGGGCCCCCCCAGCAGCAGUGCUCCCCCCUCGGCUCCUCCAACAAGAUGGACAGGCCUCGGCUGCAGCACAGCUACAGCUUCGCGGGCUUCUCCAGCUCGGCCGGGCUGAGGGACAGCCCCACCUCCGUCACCCCGCCGCCCAUGUUCUUCCCCGACGAGGUGCCCGACUGGCCCAGCAGCAACCCGUUCACCUACUCCAGCCAGGAGCUGGCCAACCUGUUCGGGCCCAGCCUCAACGCGGGCCCCGUGGGCACGGAGGCCAACGCCCCCGCGCCGCCCUCCCCCACGAGCACGCCAUACUAUUUCAGACCCAUGUUGGUGUCCCCCCAGAUGUUCGAUACUCCGUCCAGCCCGCCCGACUCUCUGUCAGACCAAGACGGCUACCAGAGCAGCUCCGGGGGCAGCCUGAGCGGCUCCGAGUCCCCCACGCUGGAUACGACCCGCCGCCUCCCCAUCUUCAGCCGCCUCUCCAUCUCCGAUGAUUAAAAACAAAAGAAAGACUGCGUAGCAAUCCACCGGUUGACUUAAAAAAAUUUUUUUAAGUUCAAUGAUGCGGAGAGAACACGGCACUCCCCUCUACCUCUACACCCCCCCCACACACACACACACACCCCACACCCCACACCCAUCCUCACACCACCGUGUUGGUUCCUUGUUGGCAUUGCAAGGAUCUAGUCAGUUAAAGGAACUCUCUCUCUCUCUCUCUCUCAUCACUUCCUCCAUGUUAAUCUGCGAAGCAAGUUUUUAUUAAAAGUACCCUGCCAUGUGUCAAAGUGCCAAAAAAACAACAACAAAACAGAGGAAAUCGAACAAUGACAAAUCAUGAGAACAAGAAUUGACUGUUUUUCCAGGUGCCACUUGUUGUUAUUUCUCUUUUUUCAUUUAUUCUUGAAUGUGUAGCAGCACAAGUGGCCUUGGAAAGGAGAGUGCUUUGCACUCGCCCCGCAACCCCCUCACCCCCUCCUCUCUCUUUUCUCCCGCCCUCUUCCCCUGACGAUACCACUCCCCCCCCCACCUCUUGAGCUAGCUCGAGGGUGCUCACUAAUGUAACUGUAGAUCUACCGCAGCAGUUUUUUGUAUUUAGUUAAGACAAAAAAAAGAAAAAAUAGACCCUGAAAGAUAUGAAUAAUUUUUUUUUUUUAAGGAGGGGAGAAAGAAAACAAAGUGCCUGGGGGCGGUUCCUGCAUGUGUUUCGGGUGAAUGGACUACUGUUUUUGGUUCUUUCUCAUUUAUAUACCCCCCCUCCUCUCCCCUCUGCCCUUGUCACAGUUCUUCUCAAGCCUCGUCUUAUGUAAUUGUGGACUGGGUGAGUCUGCAGGAAGGUCUUUGAACUGGAAGUUGGUUAUCCCCCCCCCCUUUCCCUCCCUCCUGCCGCCCCCCCCCCCUAAGUUGACUCCUGUUGCUGGUCACUGGCUCUCUUUUUUUUCAUUGGGAAGGAAGUCUUGAUAUCAAACUGAUCAUUAAACCUGUAAGACUUUGGCCCCGCCUCCCGGCCUUCAUCUUCUCUGGGGAUCUGGGGGGAUUUCCAGCAUUCCCAUCAUGCAGUUCUGCAUCCUGCAACACGACAAAGUCGGAUUUCCAAGCUAUUUUAUUUUACACCCCCACAGAAAACAACAACUUUAGUACCUGCUCUGAGGAGACUGUACUCAUUACAUUUUUCUUUUGCUUUCUUUAUUUGAUAAUUAUUUUUUAUUAAUGUUAUUAUUACGGUUAUUAUUGCUUGUCACUGCUUUAUUUAACUUAUCAGAACAUAUUUAUUGCUGAUCAUAUGCAUUUUUUUUGGUUAAUUUUGUUUUUUGUAUUUAUCUGGAUAAUGAACAAUAGAAUAUAUUUUCUUUUAUGUUAAAUUAUGAUCUUCCAUAUUAAUCUAAAGAUUGUGAAGACGUUUUUGUCAGUUUUCCUUUUUUCACAGUUUAAUAUAUUGUACUUCAAUGACUUUUUGUUCUGCAACUACACUUUGUCAAAAAUGAACCUUAAUUUAAAGCAACAACAAAAAAGAAAUGCAAAAAAAAAAGAUGGGUUUUUUUGCGUUUUGAUUAUUUAUUGUACUUUUUUUCCUUACUCCCCCAUAUCGGACUGCAAUUCCACCUCUACUAGAUUUGCUUGUAUUCAUUCCCGACAUCUUGCCCCUUCACGUAACCGACGGUAACGGUAGCUAACCGUUAUUACAUUAUUAACUCUUCAAUACUUGGGUCGACGGUAGAAUUUUAAAGAAGGGGGGGGGGGGCUGCUGGGAGACGUCCCACUGGUUUAGGGGCGUCUCCCAGUCGGGACUGGUUUUUGUUGAACUGUCAGUUAUUACACCACCCCCCCCCCCCCCCCGUCUGUUAUUACAAGCAAUAGCUGUGACCAAAUGGGUUCAUUUGAUUGGAUGCUUGACGCUCUUGCUUGGGCCCGCUCUCGACCAUUGGAAGUGCCUCUUUGAAUACAUUCCAGGUAGCUAAGGCGCCUCUGCCUUUUUUAUAUUUGAUUUAAAAAAUGGAGGACAAUUGAAAAGUCACUCUUGUUUCCUACACGUGUUUGGGGACGAGGUGAACACACAUUUUUGACACAAAGAAAGUAAAACAGUUGAAUGUAUUUUUUCAGCCAUGUUUUUUUCACUACAGUAAUUUCUGUGAGUUUAUAUGAAAACCUGUUUUUUGUUCCCCCCCCCCCUCCCCCUCUUGUAAAGUAUUGAUCGCAGUUAAGUCAAUAAACCCCGUAUUUUUUGAAAAGUUAAA